CUGCAGGUGGAUGCCAGGAACAUCGACGGCAGCCCCCCGCUCUGCGACGCCUGCGCCUCGGGCAGCAUCGACUGUGUCAGGGUCCUGCUGUCCCAUGGUGCCAAGGUCAACCCUCCCCUCUACACAGCCUCACCUCUCCAUGAGGCCUGCAUGAAUGGUAGCUCAGAGUGUGUGCAGCUCCUCAUCGAUGUGGGUGCCAACCUGGAGGCUCACGACUGCCACUUUGGGACUCCCCUGCAUGUGGCCUGUGCCAGGGAGCACCUGGACUGUGUGAAGUUGCUGCUCAAGGCAG